UCGGCUUAUUUUUUAGUUGAUCUCUAUUCGUUGCAAACUCGACAUCCGAUCAAUGAGAUAAUCUCAUUUAGUAAUUUUCGUUUUUUUGUUUGAAAAGGGGCAACGUUGUUUGCUUUCAUACAACAAAAAUUUAUAACGUCAUUCAAUAGUUAUUGAGAAUGCAGCGUAUAACUAAAUUCAAUCUAAUCAGCCAAACUAGUUUUGUUAUUCGGCGGUCAAUUUCUAUCGGUCGAACAGCAAGCUUCCAAUCAUUCAAUGUUCAGGAUCAAGAAGAUUUCCAGAAAAGAGUUUUAAAUGCCUCCACGCCAGUCCUGGUUGACUUUCACGCCAAAUGGUGUGGACCAUGCAAAACUUUAGGGCCAAGACUGGAGGCACUGGCUGCAGAAAAAUUAGAUAAGUUUCAUCUUGCCAAAGUUGACAUUGAUAAUGUCCCCGAGCUUGCAGAAGAAUAUAAUGUCACUGCUGUACCAUCAGUCAUUGCUAUCAAGGGAGGAAAAGUUGAAGGAUCAUUUGUUGGAGUUUUAGACGAUGACAAGCUCAGAGCAUUCGUCAACAAAUUGAUUGGAGAAUGAUCUAUGUUAACAAUUGUAUGAUGUAGGGGGGGAAUUACACAGUUUCAUGAUA